GGGAGUGGGGGAGGGGAGCGGCACCGCCAUGAACAGUGUGGGCAACGAGUGCCUGGAGCUGAAGCGCGGUUACGACCUCUGCUUCAACCGCUGGUUCGCAGAGAAGUUUCUGAAGGGAGAGCGCAGCCCGGAUCCGUGCAGCGAGCUCUUCAAACUGUACCAGGAGUGCGUGAAGAAAGCCAUCAAAGAAAAGGAAAUCCCGAUUGAAGGGCUGGAGUUCAUGGGCCCCAGGAGAGAAAAGCCUCAUGGAAGUGCCGGAUCAUCAUGAUGUGACGAGGACACUGGACUCCCGCCUCCAUUAUUCCUUAUCUGAACUUAAAAAUCCAUUUGUACAGCCUGAUAUCACAGGAGAUGCAGGAGGCAGGAUUUGAUCCAAUAAUUAUUGUUUGAUUAUUAAUUUUCUGGAAUAGCAGUUGCGAAUCACUUACAAAGAGAUCAUGACUUGAAGUUGGUGAAUUUGCAAUCCCCUUGUACAGUUUUUUCUAACAUUGAAGUGAUAUAUAUCUUUGACGGUUCAUGUGAAACUCAGAUGCUGAAAAUAAGAAUCUGCUAUGGUAAUGUGUAGAUUUCUGCAUUGAGCUCCAACUAACUACAUCAUGUAUAAGAGGUUUUUUUUGUAACACAAAGUUUUAAUAUAUUCCCUUAAAUCUUUUUUAGCAGUCUUGCUUCAAUUUUACAGGCUUCACUGCACAAACCGUUGUUGUUAUGUAGCUGGGCUGACCCAUUAUCAUGUCUGAAAUUUCACCUUGCCUUGUACUCCAGAGAUGCCACCUGACCUGCUGAGUUACUUUAGACUUCAGAAAUACAGCGCGGAAACAGGCCCUUCGGCCCAACGAGUCCGCGCCGUGCACCGAUCCCCGCACACUACCACUAUCCUACACACCAGGGACAAUUCACAAUUUUACCAAAACCAAUUAACCUACAAACCUGUAAUCUUUGGAACGUGCGAGGAAACAGGAGAUACCGGAGAAAACCCAUGCAGUCACAUGUGACAAUAAAGAACCAAUAAAGAACAGGCUUACCGGAGCUUGCAACAAAAAUCACACACCCAAAAAGACAUGGAGAUCAAGUAGAUCGUAAAACUACCAGCUCCAAACCUCCCUUCUAGUCGCAUAAAUAAUCCUUCCUCAUAAAUGAAUACAUCGUAGAGUUCCCUACCUGACAGCACUGGGACUAUUUUCACCAGAAGGACUGCAGCUGUUUCUCAAAAUGGCCACUGUGACUUUCUCAACUGCAAUUAGGAUUGGGGGGG